UUCGUAUCCUUAUUUUUGUUUUGUCUCUUUUUCAUUUCGAUCCGCUGGCUUUGCGUAACUUCGGGAGUGUUAUUAUGGCGGCGGAAUUUGUUAGCGCCUAUUUCAGAAAGUGUAUGUGAACACCUCCUUCUUGUUCUGUUUACCUAAACCCAGGAAAUCAUCCUGCUUAUUGAUAAGCUUUGAUCAAAAAGGGAGAUUUUUUUUCAAGCAUCUGUUAACAAUGGAUGCAGAGGUUCAUUUAAGCUCAGCAGCUGCUAUGGAUGAGGCUCCAAGUUUUGAACCUGUGGACACGCCACAAAAUAGGUUAACUGGAACAACCCCUGUAUUGACCAUAACACCACCAUCAGACUCGGAGGACAACGCAAGUAACAGUACAGCAGAAAGGGUGUUUGCAGAUCAGUCUGACCAGCUGAGCUCACCUCAACACAAUGAAGGUACUCCUAAACCACAAAAGGGGCCAAAGUUGCCAGAAGGAUGGAGUCGCCAGCUUGUGACAAGAAAAGUAGGGAAAUCUGCUGGUAAAGUUGACGUGUAUUACUUCAGUCCUGAUCACAUCAAGUUUCGAUCCAUAGCUGGACUUCGCCGAUACUUUCUAGAAAAUAAUCUCCCCUAUGAUGCCAAAGAGUUUGCUUUGUCAUUUGGUCAGUUGCCAAAUGUUGGCAGCACCUUAAAAAACAGGCCACAGCAAUCAGAUGACACUUCUGUGGGGGAAAAAAGUGAAAAAACGCCCAGUUCCAAAAAAAGAGCUUUGAAGGAAGAAAGUGCUUUUGUGAAAGAAAGGGAGCCUAAACUGUCCAGUUCCUCCAAGAAAAAGGCACCUAAAACAGUUGUUUUAACAGAGACAAAGGCUGAAGAUAGUACAACCCCCAAGAAGAAGCGAGGCAGACCACGCAAGCAUCCUGUCAUCCUGUCCACCUCACCAAAGAAGGAUGGGAAAACCACUGGGGUGAAGCUUGUCAUCAAGCUUCCUUUUUCCUCCCAGUCUAGUCCUGAAAAGCUAUCACGAUUUCAGAAAGCUCCAGGAGGACAGCUAAAAAUUCACAAAACUGAGGAUGGCAGUGAAAACAUUGUGGCUAACACUGAGGUAGACAACCAGCAGUGUGAUAGUGACAUUGAGAAGGGUCAAGAAGUGUAUCUUGCAGAGGAAGAAGAGGGCAUCAUUGAUUCUGACCAGGAGAAGGAUGAGAAUGGAGAAAAAGAAGCCAACAAUAAAAUCACAAAAGAAGGAAAGGAUGAUUGCAGUCAUUCUGCUGUCCCACCUUUUUAUGUUACUUCUUCCAGUGACAUUAUGAUUGAAAGUGAAAAUGAGUCAGUUGGCAGUUGUUUUCCUCUUGUUUCUCUAAAUGUUGAUGAGAAAAGCCAAGCAGCCUCCAAUCAGAUAAAUGCUUCCCUUACAGUUGCAAAGACUGCCAAGACACUUAACACUAAAGGUAAAAGGUUGGUCAGUCGUAAAAGGUCGCUUUCUGCUUCUGGCUCUGACUGUCCUCCAGGAAAAUCCUUGAAAGUGGGAGAUAGUGACUUGGAAGCUGAAGAAGACCUACGUUCAGAUAUUUCCAUGGGAUCACAAGAAGAUGAAAAUCAAAAUAUGACAAUCAAAGUGCAAGAUAUGCAUCUCUCUGAUAGCUCUAGCAGUAAAGAUAACGCCAUUCAAGGUUCUUCAGCUGAAACUGACAAAAAGCGAAAGCAUCUGUCGCCCAAGAAAAAGUUACACAGCAGAUGUAAUGCUCAAGCAUCACCAUCUCAACCCUAUCAAGGCAAGACUGCCAAGAGUCCUGUCACACAGAGAAGCCAGUACUUUAAAACAAACGGUGCUCCUCCAAAACUGCCUCGCCCUCAGCUUCGUCGUGAAGAGAAGUGGACACCUCCUCGCUCACCAUUCAAUCUUAUCCAAGAGAGUUUGUUCCAUGACCCCUGGAAGUUGCUGGUAGCAACUAUUUUCCUCAACAAGACAAAAGCUGAAUCAGCUAUUCCUUUACUCUGGAAAUUUUUGAAUCGCUGGCCAUCACCAGAGGAGGCAAGGCAGGCUGACGAGAGUGUAGUAGCUCGCAUGUUGCAGCCACUUGGUUUGCAUGAAAAGCGCGCAAGUAUUCUCAUCCGUUUUUCAGAUGAAUACCUCUCCAAAAACUGGAAAUACCCAAUUGAAUUACAUGGAAUUGGAAAAUAUGGAAAUGAUUCUUACCGAAUCUUCUGUGUCAAUGAAUGGAAGCAGGUAGAACCAGAUGACCACAAGCUGAAUAAUUAUCAUAGAUGGCUUUGGGAUAAUCACCAGCUUCUUUCCUUGGACUGAAUAUGGACUUAUGGAAGUGCUUUUGUAAUGCACUCCUUUGGAAAAAGGGUCAUAAUCAAGGGUCAGUGAUGGAAAAACAUGACUUUCCUCGAGCCUUGGGUGAACUGUCUUUAGGGAAAGGCUGAUGGUGGUAGGAGGACAGGCUGGGCAUUUUCUUCCACGUGCUGCACCUUAGAAGGGGUGAACUACUUACGGUUCUUUGCCCCUACAGCAACUGCCCAAUGGGACUUUAAUAUUUAGUGAAAGAAAUAGUUGAUUUGAGGUGGGUUUUUUUUUUUUUAAGCAAUGUCACAAUGGUUUGACAGUUAUUAAAAAAGAUUUGAUAACUUGCUGUUUUGAUAACAAAAGUUGAACACAUUAUUUUUGCAUCUUGUGACCAAAAAUUUUAAAUAUGCUAAGUUUGUGGUGCUAAAGAAACAAUGUGCAUUUAAUAGACUGGUUUCAGUUGAAAAUAGGUCUUCAAGCUUAAGUGAAACUUAAAUUUAAUUACAGAGGAUUUUAUACUGAUCUCAAGCAUAAAUGCAAGUUAUUCAAAGCAUUCAUGAUUUAAAGCUUUUAGACUAAAUGACUGAAAGAUAAAAUUGUUUUUGGUUGUUGGUUUUAUUUUUGAGAAAUAGUAUUUUGGCUUUUAGAUUUUCUUCCCGUGAACUUUUACCUUGUCUAAUCAUAAAAGAAAUCAGAAUUUUUGUGGAUUAUUUCUAAAGACACAUGGUCCUUUUAAAAGUGUAUAUUGAGUGGUAUGUGAUCCGUAUUUUGGAUUCCAAUGUGGUCUAUUUACUUCAUUGAAAAAACAAUGCAGUGAUUAUUUUUAAAGUCACUCGUGCAUUCAGGGCUAAAAUUUUUGCCUAAAGCCAUAAACUUGUGAAAGUUGUCAAUGAAAUCAGGUUGCUUGCAUACUUUUACUAUUCAUCACCAGCAUAUUUGUGCCCAUCUUAACAAGAUUUAUAAAGAUUUCGUGGCUUUGCAGUUAGUGUGCUUGACUUGGUCACAUGUUAAAGACACAGUCUGGCAAGUCACUACAGUCAUCUCUUUCCAUGCAACAGGGAUGGAUAUCAGAUUUACUAGGGAAGGUAAAGAGAUACAGAAGGCAAGAAAUAGGCUGCAGCUUCUAUUUGCUGUAAACCCAUUAAACCACUUCAGUUCGUGUUGUAUGUAGUCUUUUUUACUGUGUAAUUUUUAACUUAACUGGUAUGUUUUGCUUUUGCUUCAACUAUAAUAAUACAGUUAUAUGUCAUUGUAAAAACUGUUCAUUGAAACACUUUACCCAUCGGCAUCUCACAUUUUACAUGUGUGUGUGUGUAUAUAUAUAUAAAGAUAUUCAAAUUAAUUUCAAAAUGUCGUGGUUUUCUGUGUGAACCAGGAUGAGAUGAAGCUGUUUUAAGAUUUGCCUAUCCUAAAAUAUUUCUUCAUUCAUUUUUUUUUUUUGCAAAGGGUGUGAUAAAAAUAUGUAAUUGUUUGCAAAAUGUGACAGUGUAUUACCAAAUGUAGAAUUCCCAGGAAGAAUUCAAUGUGCAUUGAUUGAAUUUACAGAAGUAGUGUACUUGUGUGUGGAUGAUGCGAGAAUGUAUGUCUCUGUGUGCAUGUCCCAUGUUUGCAUUUACUGCAUUAUUGGUUUGUUCCUCCUAUUGUCCAUUUCAGAAUAAAUUUGAACAAGAUUAGGUUUAAGUAUAUUAAAGGAGGGGUUUUGUGCUGAAAGCUGACCUUGCAAAAGUAAUGCAUAAUGUUUCUGUGUAAACAUGGGGCAAGACUUAACUUGAUCUUAGUUUAGUUAAUUUAUUCCUUGUUGCUCCUUUGAGGAGUUUAGGGGCGCAACAAUACUCGCCAGCAGACCCAGUUUUGGGCAGCGCCCUUCAGUUGGGGCCAGGUGUUUCUGAUGUCCUUUGCCUUGCUCUCUACUGUUCUUUUCCAAGUCAGCUUCGAUCUCCCAACUCUCCUCUUCCCUGGAGGGUUCCAACUUGAUCUUGGUGUACUGAUACUGGCAUUCAUUACAGCCAAAGCUUUUGCAGCCAGUGAACAUCUGGACUUGCAGUUAUUUAAAAAAAAAAUUGUACUAAUGAACUAUCUACUUGAGUACAGUAGGAAGUGCUGGAACAGCAAGAUACAUUAUAAGAGUGUUGUGUGCUAUGAAUCUUAUUUAUUGUGAUUUGAGGAUUAAGUUCUGUUCUGCAUGAGGCCAAAGACAGCUCGAGUGUUAAAGUGGUUUCAUCACACUGGACAAACACUUACCAUGCCAUGCUAAAAAUGGAGUGUUUCUUCCCAUAAACAUCCCACAGAGGCUUACAGGAUCCAACAUACUAGCUAAAAAGUAGACAGAGUAUGCAGGAUUUGCAUUAUUUUUAAAUUAAAAUUUAAUGUGUUUGCUUAAUUUUUAUGAAGUUGCCCAACCUUGAUUGUUAUAACAUGUUUAAUGUCUACUUUCCACGAUAUAUUCAGACUAGAUAGUGUUAUAUGCACUAGGAUGCUGUGCUGUAUAAUCAUUUUUAUUUAAUUUUAAAGCAGAAGUACUUUUUCUAUCAGUUCCUUACUUAUUUUGGGAAUGAAAAUGAUUUUAUAGUCCUCUUUUCUUCAGAUUUAUUUGCUUAAGUCCCUUCUGUUCUUAUUUCUGCCUGUUUAAAUAUACUCUAAUAAUUUUCCUGGGUCUUACAGGGGUCAAUUUUGGCCAUCAACUAUUGAUGUUUCUGAAACUUUUUUUUCCUCACAAUGCUUAUGAUGCACACAUAUGAGCUUUCUUUCUAUACAUAUACAACACUGAAAUGCCAGCUUUUCACACUGUUUCAUGAAAAAUUAUUUCACUUAGUAGUAAAUUUCCUAUCUUUGGCAGACUUGUGUGCAUUUUUGUAAUGUCAGACAUUCACAUUUCUGAUUCAUGUUUUUUUGGGUUUUUUUUUUUUGUUGUUGUUUUUUAACAAAUUGGUGAGAAUUUUUAUGACACGAGUACAGAGUUUCUAAUCUUGAUCUCUCUGCUGUUUGUGUUUCUCCCACCACCUUGCAGAAUAUAUAUUAAGAUAGCAUUGUUAUAAACUUCCCAGCUUUGUGUAUUUUGGUUUUUGGUUUUUUUUUUUCUUGCUUAAAUUUGGGAUUGUAAAACAGGGUCUUUGGUAGCACACAGGUGAGGAGCUGUUUGUAGUUUGAACAUAACAUUUAUUAUUUGGGCCCUCUGUAUUCAUUGGAAAGUCAGUGCAACAGGCCUUAAGCAACAAGUCUUUAUGUUUUCACUGUUGCUAGGAAAUGUUGCUGUAUAAAUUCCUGUUCUAUAGAAAUAGACUUAAUUUUUUCAAAAUAAAUUUUUUUAUUGUUGCUGGAACUUUAUGACUUAAUAUAAGGAACUUAAAUUCGUCAGAAGCUUUUAUAAUGUUCAGGAUUACAAAUUCCCAUCUGAAAUAGAAAACAGCUACUUUGGGGGGUGGGGGGAGUUGGCUUUCUUUUUAAGAUUGGGGUCCCGAUGGAAGGGUGGUUUCUUUCUCACCUUUCUUUGAUAAUACAAAUAACUAUUAGUCUAGAAUCAUCAAACGUGUAAUUAAAAGUAGCACACUGAUUUUGUGAUUGCACUACUUGGAAUAUGUACAUAUUGUCUGAAUUUUUGUGUGUGUACUAACCUACUGUUAGUGUUGAUUUUGUUGUCUGAACAUAUGUCUGCAUGUUUCACAUUUUUUACUGUUACUGUAACCCACAAGUUCGUCACUUGUCAGGCACUGAAAGUUGUUGCUCAUGCUUGUAAACUGCUGAAGUCUGUGUACAUGCAUGUGCAAUCAUGAACGCACAUGUAUGCUGAGUAGGUUGUCUUUGGUUUUUGCAAAAGAGAAUUUGUGAUAAUAGAGGCAGCUCACUGAGAAGGACUAUAAAGUUGGAUACUUUCCUGUC